AAGACUUUCCGGGCCACUCCCGGAAUCCCCCAGCAGAUAAAGGCGGCCCCUCCACCGGGCGCUCCUAGCGGUCUCCCGGCCCCUGCCGCCCUGCCACUAUGUCCCGCCGCUGCGCGCUGCUUGCCUGGGCUCUCCUCGGCCUCCUUCGACUCGGAGCGGCUCAGGAGACAGAAGACCCGGCCUGCUGCAGCCCCAUAGUGCCCCGGAACGAGUGGAAGGCCCUGGCAUCAGAGUGCGCCCAGCGCCUGAGCCUGCCCUUACGCUAUGUGGUGGUAUCGCACACGGCGGGCAGCAGCUGCAACACCCCCGCCUCGUGCCAGCAGCAGGCCCGGAAUGUGCAGCACUACCACAUGAAGACACUGGGCUGGUGUGACGUGGGCUACAACUUCCUGAUUGGAGAAGACGGGCUUGUAUACGAGGGCCGUGGCUGGAACUUCACGGGUGCCCACUCAGGUCACUUAUGGAACCCCAUGUCCAUUGGCAUCAGCUUCAUGGGCAACUACAUGGAUCGGGUGCCCACACCCCAGGCCAUCCGGGCAGCCCAGGGUCUACUGGCCUGCGGUGUGGCUCAGGGAGCCCUGAGGUCCAACUAUGUGCUCAAAGGACACCGGGAUGUGCAGCGUACACUCUCUCCAGGCGACGAGCUCUACAACCUCAUCCAGAAUUGGCCACACUACCGCUCCCCCUGAGGCCCUGCUGAUCCGCACCCCAUUCCUCUCCUCCCAUGGCCAAAAACCCCACUGCCUCCUUCUCCAAUAAAGAUGUAGCUCAAAAUGUG